AAUUUAUUUAUUUCCAAGCUGCAUUCUAAGUUACUGUAAUUGUAACAGGGGCACCAAUUACUGCAAAGAGUGCUCUCACCUUCUGUCCUUACAAUGGAAGUGUCUGUUGUGACUCUAUCAAGGAUUCCCUGUUGCACAAACAAUUUCUGUCAAUGAGGAUCUCAGAUAAAGCCUGUGCUUCUCUUAUGCAAUCGAUUGUCUGUGCUUCUUGUGAUCCAUUCUCGGCUGAGCUAUUCACAAUUGAAUCUGGAGCUAGAACAGUUCCUGUCCUAUGCAACUCCACCAUCUUACUGGAUUCAACCCAAUCAAACAAUUCUGCUGCAAAUGACUAUUGUGGAACAGUAUGGGAUACAUGCAAUAAUGUGACUAUGUUGAAUUCCCCUUUUGCUUCAGGACUUAAUUCAACUAACUCCUCUAAACUAACUGAUUUUUGGUCGUCGAAAAGUGAAUUCUGCAAUUUAUAUGGUGGAGCUUCAAGUAAUGAAUCGGUAUGCUUCGGUGGAGACCCAGUUUCACUUGAGAAUACUGAAAUUCUGCCUCCUGCCCCAAAUGGUCUUUGCCUGGAGCUAAUUGGGAAUGGAUCCUACAUCAAUUUGGCUCCUCAUCCUGAUGGUUCCAAUCGUAUUUUCUUGUCGGACCAAAAAGGUAGAAUAUGGUUAGUAAAUGUUCCUGAUAUGGGUUCUGGGAAUACGAUAGUACUCGAUGAAUUGAAUCCAUUUCUAGAUAUAUCCAGUCAAGUACAUUCUGAAAAUUCAUUUGGGAUGCUGGGUAUGGCAUUUCAUCCAAACUUUGUGAACAAUGGCCGCUUCUUCGUUUCAUUCAAUUGUGAUAAGACUAAAUGGCCUGGAUGCUCUGGAAGAUGUUCAUGUAAUUCAGAGGUGAAUUGUGAUCCUACUAAGCUUGGUCUUGAUGCUGGCUCCUACCCAUGCCAGUACUCUACUGUUAUCUCAGAAUUCACUGCUAACGACACCAGUGCACAGCUGCUUUCCUUAUUGGCAGAAACAAGCAAUCCCUCAGAAGUCAGAAGGAUAUUAUCCAUGGGCCUUCCAUUUACAGAACAUCAUGGUGGCCAGAUUCUCUUUGGACCAGAAGAUGGAUAUUUAUACUUUAUGAUGGGAGAUGGUGGAGGAGGAAAUGAUCCCUACAAUUUUGCCCAAAACAAGAAAUCUAUGCUUGGGAAGAUUAUGAGGCUUGAUGUCGAUAACGUUCCAAGUGCAAAAGAAAUGACUGACUUUGGUCUAUGGGGAAACUAUUCUAUCCCAAAAGAUAAUCCAUUUUCAGAAGAUAAGCAAUUGCGACCUGAAAUUUGGGCCUUGGGAUUCAAAAAUCCUUGGCGUUGCAGUUUUGAUGUGGAAAGGCCUUCCUACUUUAUGUGCACAGAUGAGGGCGUGCACUAUGAAGAGGUGAACAUUAUAACAAAGGGAGGGAACUAUGGAUGGCGUACCUACGAGGGUACCUAUAUUUUCAAUCCUCAGCAAUCACCUGGAGGAAAUACAUCAGCCCGUUCAAUAAAUGUCAUAUUCCCUGUAACGGGAUACAGCUUCUCUGAGGUAAAUAAAAACGACGGAUCAGCAUCUAUCAUGGGUGGCUUCUUCUAUCGGUCUAUGGCUGAUCCAUGCAUGCAUGGAAGGUACUUGUUUGCAGAUUUAUAUGGUACUGCUAUUUUUUCGGGUAUUGAAAGCCCAGAGAACAGUGGAAACUUCACUCGUAAUCAGCUUCCUUUCAGUUGUGCUCAUGAUACUCCGAUAAAAUGUGGCUCCACAUCAGAUGGUCUCUCUGAUUUGGGUUUCGUAUUCUCAUUUGGGGAGGACAAUAUGAAGGAUAUUUUUAUGUUAUCCAGCAACGGUGUGUUCAGAGUUGUUCAACCAAGCCGCUGCAACUAUGCUUGCUCACAGGAAAAGGUUACAGCAGCGUGGAGUCCAGCACCCAGUCCUUCAUAUUUAUCUUCAUCUGGGACUGAGUUGAGAAGACAACCUUAUGUUCUGGAAGCUUUCUUCUCUUUGUUGUUGCUUAUGAUAGGAUUUAUGUUGUAAAGCGCUCCCAGAUUUAUUAUUCUAUAUGCAUGGAAGGGAAUACU